CCGAAUCCAGCAUGCGGAUUCCCUGGUUUUGUUUCUUUGCGGCCUUGUCAUGGCCGCCAUGCGUGCAUGCGCAGACGAACCUCACGCUCUUAGGCAUCUUCUCUCACUCUGACCCUGGCGCACCACCGCCAUAUCUGUGAGCAAUACAUGGACGAACAGAUCACAAAUGGUCGAGGACCCUAGGUCGAGGACUUGACUGCUGUUCACUUCGUCUCUUGUUUGCGCAGGCGUCAUGAGCCAAUCAUAUCAAAAGGUCAGCACGAGUCGCGGAGGUGAGUCCUGUUGUUUGUUGCAUGUGGUGUCUGUUUGUUUUUUCCUGCAGCUCUCGAUGAAGUCAACGCCGAUCCCAGAUAUCUGCCAGGCCACACCUUGCAGAUGCAGAUCAUCGAGCCACAGGAAUGCACUACAGGUAUGCACGCACAAACACGCCCCGUCCAUCUGUCGCCUGAGUCUAUGUGCCUGUCUAUCUGCCUGUCUGCAUGGCCUGCAGACAACAUCACGCGAAGCACACUCAUGGCUUUACAGAACAAGUGUGUAAGGCACACAGAUAGGCAAGCAAUCAUGCACUUUUAUGGCUGUCCCGGUGUCCAUGGCAGCCAGGAUAUUGUGGGAAUUUUCGGUGACAGCUGCCUGUAAGUGUGAUAGGUGCACAGAUGCAUACCUCCAUGAAUAGAUAAACGUCUGCGCUUGUCGGUAUGUGCGUCUCCCUGUCUGUCUGCAGUAUUGGAUGCGAGACGCUCAGCGCCAUUGCUGAGGGCUUCAAUCGUCUGGCCAAGGUGUCAAAAGAAAGCACUACCUGUUCUUCCCCCGUCAUGUUGUCUGGUCAAAUCUGUUGGUUCAUGCGGUGCAGUCGUACUAUUGCCAGCGGCCGCCUGGGGCUGAUUACCGUUUCAUCGUUUCAACUCUCGGGCCAUCUACACAAGUGACUGAGUGGGGAAUCGCUCAUGCCUCCUGUGAUGUCUCACCGAGAGUGCGCUGUGCAGUGGGUAUCGGUGAUGGGAGAGCUGGCAAAAGCUUUCAAAUGGAACCGCUUUUAUCUUGUCACAGAGGUUUGGCCAGACAAUGAGACAACUAUGCACCCUCUCCACCUCUCCGUCUGCCUGUUGCUUCCCUCUCCCUCCCCAGACCUAUGAUGACCCGUUGGUCGAGGCCAUGCAGGCCGAGCUGCAACGAGUCGGCGUUGCGGAGCCCAAUGCAAGAACAUGGGUCUUCGAGACGCCAGGGGAGGCCUACGACCGCACACUGGCCGAGCUCCUCCAGCACCGCCCCCGGGUCAUCGUGUAUAACACCAAGGCGCCGAUCGCCACUGGCAUGACCUGCGCCUUCGCCCGUGCUGGCAUCACGCACAAGAACAAGGACCCCGACAGUGUGCAGCAGCCGCCGGUGCUGAUUGGCCUGCUCGACCGAGGCGAUGACUUCAAUGCGUCUCCCUGCACGAAGGAGGACCUUGAGCCGAUCGUGUGGGGGGAGAUGCACUUCUACGCACCCGUGUGGCCACACCUCUUUGCCGGGAGCAUAAGCCAUACAUUCAGUGGCAAGGACUCCAGGACGGUGAGCAAAUCAGAGGUCGAACAGACAAAUGAAGAAGCAACACAAAGUUGCGGAGGAUAUGUGAUCGUGGCUGCAGACCUUCAACGAAUUCAUGGGCUCGUGUUUUGCGUCUAGUCCCCCGGUGCCUUGUGACCCAUUCAGGGCCAACUAUGUCUACGACACGGUGUGGGAAUGGGCCGUGUUGCUGCAUGAGUGGUUCGACAGCGGCAACACACUCGCUGACCUGGUCCGUAUGCACAGCCACCCGCUAUGCACGCCAUCUGUGUGCUCUUAAUCCAUUCUUGCAGGAAAAUCCCAACCGAACCACUCUCGAUUGGUUCUGGCAGGAGAAUCUGAACCUCGUGAGGGCGGGGAGAAAUGGAUAUCCAUCUAUUGGUCCCUGGGACAAAAUGUUUUUUGCAGAACUAUGUCGGGUUCAGCCAGGCGGUCAGCUACCUGAGCAACGGCGAUCGGGCGUCAGAUGUCAUUGUGUUUCAAACAUUUGGAGCCGACCAGCAGGCGUCCGAUUUCGACGCCUUUCCUUUCUUGAUUGGUUCGUUCGCCACCGGGAGUUACAUUUGGCCUCCGCCCAACUAUCUGGGACCAAUCCAAUGGCCAGACGGCACCUUCUACUGGGGCUUCAACAGUUCAGGCACACUCUUCAAUUCUACCCCGCCCGUCUGCCCAGAGGGACACUACGUCAACACAACUGUAAGCAAGCAUCUGUGCAUAAUCCAGGCUCAUAGAGACUCUUAUUGUGUAUGUGUGUGUGCAGGGUAGGUGUGUGCCGUGCCCUGUGGGGGAGGCUAACGACCAAGUUGACCAGUGGGAGUGCGAGCCGUGCCAAGACGGCUUCUACCAGAACAAGACAGGCCAAAGCGAAUGCGACAUCUGCCCGGUCAGUCAAACGAUGAGUCGCCCAGGUGUCGACUGACUCCAGGUGGAUCGCUGAUUGUGUUCUGUAGACAGGACAGUUCUCAAAGCCGCAUGCUGUCGAUUGCACACUCUGCGAGUGAGUGACGGAGGGACACAGAGACCGGUCUCUUGACUGGGCCAUAUGUGCUUGUGUAGGCCCGGCAGCUAUCAGGAUCUCGUUGCUCAGAGCGGUGACGCAUUCGUACACACCGGGCACAUACGCACACACACACACACACACACGCACAGAGGGAGAGAAAGAUAGAGAGAGACAUACAGGUGUUGUCGCAUGAGUGCAGAGUGCAACAUCUGCCCUGUCGGCAGCUUCAGCAACACGACCGGUGCGAAGGAGUGCAUACUCUGCCCACCUGGCACGUAUCAGCCAGACUUGAACAGCACACGAUGCCUGGUGGGUCUAGACACGCAUUGACGCACACAUCAUGAUGUGUGUGACACACUAUGGCGGCAUGGCGGCAUGGAUGGAUGAAUGGAUGCAUUUCAGUCCUGUCUGGCGACAAAGACCACUGCACGGAUCGGCUCAAGAAGCAUUGACGAACGCACGUGCGUCGAGGGCAUGUUCCUCGACAUCAAGAACGACCGAUGCAUAAGUGAGACACCGCUGUCUCUACCCACCUUGGGGACCAUAGUCAUGUCUCUCUUCCCUCUGCACAGGCUGUGACUCCAGCCGGUACACGGGCCUUGACUGUGUCGGCACUGGCGGCAUGUACCAGCUGCCGUUGCUCCAACAGAACUAUUGGGCCGAAAUUGUUGAGGACAAAUCGGAUUUUAGCGACAUUGAGGUCUAUCGUUGCCUGGAGGUCGAUGCGUGCCCUGGUCCAUAG